GCUAUAUUUACAGACAUGAAAAACUUGUCAUUUUAUUUUGGAAUUUUGUAAAAUUUUACGAUGUGCGUUUGCCCGCCUCUCCUUCUUAAGAUCGCUCUGCUGAUGGUUAUAUUCCCUACCAUCGCUGUUAAUAUAAUGGAAGUAAUUUACAAUGGUGUGAACUCGAAAGCCGAAGCUCAUCAGAUUGCCAUCAACUUAAACCUAGUUGCAUGCUUCAUUGCACUUCUAUCUCUGGCAUUUGGAAUUUAUGGAACGAUAAUGAAUACAAUCUUCAUAAUUCGAUUGCUGAUGUUCGUGUUGAUUACAUUCUGCUUAUUCAAGAUAGUCAUGUGGAUAGUGUAUAAGAAUCUGUCGCCAAUGUCAGCAGAGGACGUCACCCACUUUUGGUUCCAGCUUAACACGGGCUUAUCGAUAACAUGUUCGGUUCUGACGGUGAUUUUCUGUAUGCGGCUGCAUGAGCAAACUCGCCAGUUUCAAUUGGGCUAUUAGACCAUAGAUAAUUCUU